AUGAAAAAAAUAAGCAUAUACAAUUAUUUGAAGAAUGUAAAACCGUUUAAGUCUCAUGUAAAUGGAACAGAAACGACAAUAGCCAAAAUACCAUACUUAUGUAGAUAUUACAAUUGUUAUAGUAAGAAAGAAAAUGACAAUUUAAAUUUAUUACAUGAACAAAUUUUUUAUGACAGGUCAGGAAAAAGGGGCCCAAAAGUGAGUAAUAAAAAAAGUAAAGAUGAUCAAUUAAUUUUUAAAAGUAAAAUUAUAAAUUUAAUUAAUGGUGUAAAAAAUGUAGAUAAAUUUGAAAGUACCAAAAAUAUAAGAAAUAAUCAACUAGUUUGUCAAAAUUUUGUUGAUAUAAUUUUUAUUUUACAAAAAAAUGUUGACAUUUUAUUUGGUCUAAAGGAAAAAUAUAUUAUUGGUUUUGUUUGGUCUUUUUGUAAAAUCAUAAAUUAUUUUGAAAAUGCAACAAAUAUAGAAAGGAAUAUUAUUUUUAAUUUGAAAUAUCUAUUUAUUCAUAUCUCUAAUCUAAUUAUAAAACAUGGUAAUAUAGUAUCUAAAAAAAAUAAUGAUAUCGAUAUAAGGCAAUUCCUUUUUUCAAUUUUAUCCAUCAAAUUGGAUGAUACUCAUAUUAAAGAUAUACAAAAUUUUAAGUUGCUAAGUUCUAACCAUUUUUAUAAUUAUAUUCGUUAUAUUGUAAAUUCAGGUUGUGCAAGUAAGCCAGCACAAGAUCAAAUAUUUACCAAUGGUCCUACAUUUAAAUUGCCAGAAAAUAAGAAAGAGACUAAUAUAUCGAUAGAAACAUACACACAUCGGCCUGCUAAUAAAAUUGACGACAACAAUGUAAAUAUAUUCCCUAAAAAACAAAAGCAAUAUGCUCCCCCAAAUUUGAUACAACAUUCUAUAUCUGCUGAUCUUAACAUUUUCGAAUGCAAUAUCUUCAAAACAAACUUUUUAAAUGUACAAAAAUUUAUAAUAAACAAAUUAAAUGAAACACCUUUAGAUAUUAAAAUAAUUAUAAAUUUUUUUGAAUUAUGCCAAAAAAAUAUGUGUAUAGAAAUAAAAAAUGCCUUUAAUCAUAUAAUAAUAAAUAAAUUUAAAGACAAAAAUUAUAUUUCAAAAUUUUCUAUUUUUGAAUUAUGUAGAUAUAUAAAUAUAUUAGUUAAUUAUAAUAUUCAAAUUUUUAAUAACAAUGUUAUACCAUCUAUAAUUAGUACAAUUAUGCAUGACCAAGUAUAUUUUGUAAAUGGGAAAAUGUGUAACUAUAACUUAGUAUUACUAUGUAAUCAUCCUUCAUUAGUUGAUCAAAAUUGUGCAACCCAACAAAUACAAAAUAAAAAACAAGACCAUAUAUCUGCACCUAAUUCAAAUGAUUAUGCAAAAUGGAAUACAUGGCUUUAUGAUGGAACAACAAGAGAUAUAGCUUCUUUAAUUCGAGACUUUUCAAGAAUGAAAAUUAUUAACAAAAAUUUAUAUUACUUUUUAAUUGAAUGUUUUUUUUUUAAAAUAAAUUAUACUAAAAAUGUAGACACAGAUAUAAAUUCAUGUGGGACACAAAAAAAUUACACAAACAACUUAAAUAACAAAAAUAAUAGUAUUAAUUAUAAGGUUAAACAAAAUGACAAUUCUUAUUCACCAAAUACAUGCACAUAUAAUAUAAAUCAUGAUAUGAGAAAUUUUGUUGAUAUUUUAAUAAGCUUAGCAAAUGUUAAUUAUUAUUAUGAUAAAUUUAUUGACUUUUUUAUAUACGAAAUUAUUAAAAAGGAAAAAAAUAAUUGUUUUUUUUUUAAUACAAAAAAUAUGCCAAAUGUCAUUUUGAUUGUUAGGAGUUUACUUAUUUUAGGCUAUAAUGAUUUAUCUAUUUUUGAUACUUUACUUAAUUUUAUUAUAGAUAAUAAUAAAUCUGUCGAAAUUAAACAAAUAAUUAUGAUUUAUUAUUCUAUUUAUUGUUAUAUUGUUAAAGCAUAUGAAAAAAGAGGCAUAAAAUAUUAUGGUAGUGACAAUUUUUUGUUUUGCACUUUUAGUUCCGAUUCUUCAAAGAAAAAUAAUUUACACAAUGGCAAAUUAGAUGGUUUUAUGAAAGGAGAAAAUGUAGAAUCACAACAUAGUAGAUGCAAUGAAGACGUUAUUACUAACAUAAGCAAUGGAUCUAAUAAAGAAAAUGAGGUUUCUGUAGAAUUAUCCAUUUUAAAAAAAGAAUGCUUCAAUUAUUUAUAUAAAUUUACAGAUAUUAUAUUUUCAAGAAGAAAAGAAAUAGAUUCAAUGCAAGGAUUAUCUAAUUUUUUAUUUGCUCUUUCUAAUAGUAUAAAUAAUAUAUCAAAAAAGGAUUAUGACUAUUUUUAUAAAAAAUUUUGGUCUAUACUUAAAUUAAAAGGCCAACAAAAUAUACAUUUAGAAACAAUUGUUCAAAUAUUUUUGUCGCAUUAUAAAAAUAAUAUAUUUCAUCAAAACUUAAUGCUCUAUUUAUUGGAUAUAUUAAUUUCUUCUAUCAAUGUUGAUAUUCACAACUUGAGUACCAUCCUAUAUAUAUCUUACCAUUUUAAUAUUAUAAACAAACCUCUAUUUAAUUUCGCUAUACAUAAAUUAUUUAAAGAAAUAAAAUCGAUUGGACAAACAAAAAUUGUAAACCUAGAAAAUGCUAGCAAUUUGGAGGGGAUAGGUAUGGUACAAACUACUAAGCAUAAUUUCGAUACCACUCCGAAACUUGAAAAUAGUGUAAACAGAAAUAGUAAUAAUGAUAAAGACGAGGGUACCUAUCAUGUUAAUUCUGGGACACGAGCUUAUAACAGCAUCGAAUCAUACCUUAUAGAAGGUUGCCAAUUCAGAAAUACAUUUAAUAACUUUUCAAAUGAAUGCAAUAAAGAAGAUAUAGAGAAAACAAUACUAAAAUGUGUUUGGUCAUUAUCAUUAUGUAAUUGGUUUCUUGAAAGCCAUUUAAUUACCUUUUUAAAAAUGUGCAUAUUAUUAAAAAAAAUAUUUAAAUAUAAAAAAUACUUAAAAGACGAGGAAUAUAAUAUGAUAUACCAAAUAUCACUUAGCCUAAAUUUAUAUUAUAAAAAAAAUAAACAUAUUUUAGUUUUAAAUAAAAUAACUACUAAUAUCCCUAUUACCUUUUUUAUACCAUAUAACAUAAUAAAAGAGUCUAUAAAGCGAAAAUUUGCAUUGGGAAACAAACAAACUAAUAUAUCCAGUUUUCAAUAUAAAAUUUCUAGCUAUUUCAAUAAAAAAAAAAUUAUGCACAAAUCAGAAUAUUUAUUGAAACAUGGUUUAAUUGUAGAUUUUUUAGUUUUCAAAAAUAGUAAUCCAUAUUUAUUAAUAGAGAUCGAUGGUAUAUAUCAUUACAACAUUUCAAAUGACCCUAACAAAUAUGAAAUUAUAUAUAACGAUAUGCCAUUAUUAAAAAAUGGAAAAACGAUAUUUCGAAAUAAUGUCCUAAAUAUUUUGUAUAAUUAUAAAUUUGUAGCAAUACCGUGGUUUUCCCUUUUACAGUCGAGAUCAAUUAAGGAGUUGGAAAAAUAUAUACAAUGA